UGCGUAUGUACUUACACUGCUCUAUUGAUCGAUCGACGUGUGCAGCUUUUGGAGCUCUGUAUGGAUGUUCUUCGUUCCUUGCUGUCACUGGAGCAGGGCAGUGAUGGAAUCACUCGCAGAACACUGUUUGUAACCUCCUGAUGGUGUGAUGCACAGAGUUGCUGGAGCAGGACAGUGAUGGAAUCACUUACGGAACGCGGCUUGAAACCCCCUGAUCAUGUGGUGCUAGACGAUCAUAGAAAUAAGGGUCUCUGUCCUCUAUCCCUUCUCUUUCUCUCUCUUAUCUUCCACACUGACUGUGUUGAGGCAAAACUUGUUAGGUUUUGCAGGACCUAUUGCCCGUAUCUCGUGUAUCACAAGCUGCUCAACUUUGCUACUGGAUAGCCAUGCGUAUUGUUGUAUUGCUGUCCUCCUCCUGGCUGUAAGAUCACCAGAGUAAGAGUACCAGGCUCUUUUCCUCUACCACAAAGAGCCUGCGGAUGUGGCUAUC